UAGACGUCGGCAGCAGUACCGCGAAGCGAAAAAUGUUCUCCGAGAUCGCAAGAAUUUUCGACCCAUUGGGAUUAUUACAACCCAUUAUCGUCACAGCAAAACUAUUAAUACAGGAGCUCUGGCGAACCAACCCGAACUGGGACGAAUCCGUUCCUCAAGCCAUUCAGACCGAGUGGCACAGAUACGCAACACAACUGCCAUCACUCAACGAGGUGUCAUUCGAUAGGAAGGUCAUAAUGCAUGCACACGCGACAAUUCAGCUUCACGGAUUUUGCGAUGCAAGCCUGAAGGCUUACGGAGCAUGCAUUUACAUCAGGUCCACAGACGAAGACGGAAAUGUUUACACGCGACUUCUGUGCUCAAAAUCAAGAGUAGCGCCAAUGAGUAAACGAGAUUCAGUCGAGAAAAAGGGGGGCCCACCGUUAACCAUCGACCGGUUAGAACUAUGUGGAGCAGCAUUGUUAGCAACCCUUUAUCAGACCGUCUGCAAUGCCAUCAAUAUUUCCUUCGAGAGCACAAUCUUUUGGCGUGACUCACGAAUCGUCCUGCACUGGAUAAAUAAGACGACACCACAAUCACUAAAGGUUUUUGCCGCAAACCGAGUAAUGGACAUACUGAGAAAAACUAAGACGAAGAACUGGAGAUAUGUUCCCACAUACGACAAUCCCGCUGACCUCUUGACACGAGGUGAAUUGCCGAGAAAUUUUCUAGAAAACGAAAACUGGAAACAAGGCCCCGCAUGGCUCAAGCGUGAAGAAGCCGCUUGGCCAAGCUUCGCGAUUGUCACGCCCAAGGAGGAUAGUGAAGUACGCAAAACAGUUUGUUUAAAAACAUGCGCCAUCAAAGACUUCGAGCUGCUGAAAAAAUACUCCUCAAUCGACAAACUGCGCCGAACCAUAGCGUAUUGCUUACGCUUCAAACAUCGCGAAUCACGCGAACGAAAUCUCACCGUUUCGGAAUCGGACAAGGCAAAUCAACGCAUCGUAAGAUUGACACAGUCUUUCGCUUUCCGCGAAGAAAUUCAGGCGUGUCGAACGGGCAAACCCGUGCCAACCAGAAGCCGUCUCCUACCCCUGAAUCCGUUCCUCGAUGGCAACGAUGUUCUUCGAGUCGGGGGUCGACUUCAACAAGCGAAUAUUACUCAUGACGAACGGCGUCCCAUGAUUUUGCCGAAGGGACAUUACAUCACCGACUCAAUUAUUCGAAACGAACGUCGGACCAAUCUUCACACGGGAGUUCAAGCAACGUUCCACAACUUAAGAAAGAAGUAUUGGCUCAUUGAUGGACGCAAUCAGGUCAGGAAGAUCAUCCGACGAUGCACUACCUGCUUUCGGGUUUCCCCAAUUACCUGAUGGGAAAUUUACCAAGGGUCCGAGUGACCGCAGCUAGACCUUUCUUGAACACUGGGGUCGAUUAUUGCGGUCCAUUUUAUAUUAAAGAAAAGAAAUUGCGAAACAGAAAUCGAGUCAAGGUCUAUGUAGCCGUAUUUACCUGUCUGGCUGUCAAGGCUGUACACCUCGAAGUGGUGAGCGACAUGACGACCGAGGGUUUCCUCGCCGCUCUGAACCGAUUCAUCAGCAGAAGAGGCCGAUGCACCGCAAUACAUUCCGACAACGGUUCUAACCUCAAGGGAGCCAAAAAUGAGUUGGAUGGAUUAUAUCAGCUGCUCCAGACAAGAGAAUUCGACGAGCAAAUCGAGAAAUAUCUGACCGAAAAGGGGAUCGAAUGGAAAUUCAUACCACCGCUAUCGCCACACUUUGGAGGAAUUCGGGAAUCAGCGGUAAAGUCAUUCAAGCAUCACUUGAAACGAGUAGUCGGCAAUGAGCUUUUUACCUUUGAGCGGUUCAACACCUUCGUCGUAGAAAUCGAGUCCAUACUGAACUCCGGACCGCUCACCCCUCUCUCAUCCGAUCCCAACGAUUUCCUCGUUCUCACUCCCGCACAUUUUCUAAUCGGUGAAUCACUCACCAGCAUACCUGAACGAGACUUCGGAAUCACUCCAUCCAAUCGGCUAUCAACUUGGCAACACCUCCAGAAAGUGAAACAACACUUCUGGGAUCGAUGGCGCAAAGAAUACCCGAAUGAGUUAAACAUUCGUCACCGUUGGACAAACGGAUCCCACGAUAUUCAAGAAGGAUCGGUAGUGGUCGUGAAAGACAACAACUUACCACCACUGCGUUGGAUCUUGGGGCGAGUCAUCGAGACAUGUCCAGGGGCCGAUGGUAUCAUACGAACGGUAAAAAUUAAAACCCCGAAUGGUGCAUUCGUUCGUAAUGUGAAAAAAUCAGCACCUCUACCACAAGACAAUGAUUAGAAAAAAAAAAAAAAAACGGAGAGAAAAAUCUCAACGAACACUAGCAUUCAUAUCUCUGAUUAUACACAGAAUGACAGAUUAAAGUAUUUAGUAAUCCAAGUCAACUUGUGAAAAAUUCAGGAAAGGAAUUAGAUAGCGCCACGUCACGCAUUUGAUUUAUUGAUAAGUCAACUUUUCGACUAGAUAGUCUCAACGGAUCACUUCUCAACAGGGGAGUAUGUUGCGUGCCAUGACAUACAAUUUGAUUAAAAUGAUUAAAAUAUUAACGUUAACUCACAAUAUAACGUUUUCCUAUUCAUAUGUGUUAACAAAAGGGAUGCAGUCGCCCGAAGACAAGGCCAGAAAGCAAUAAAAGCUUUUUUGUAAUAGCUUCAGCUUCGUACAUUUGCCGACCAAAUGUGCAGCCAUAAAGGCAAAAAUUUCCCGUAUAUUUUUAUCAUUGUCCGACGUGACUUUUCGGGAAUUUUUGAAUCUAUUGUUUCUUGAAGCAAGUAAUAAACCUACCAACUACAUAACUCUUCAAGUUUUUUGGGUCCUUAUUAUUAGAAUCAGGACCUCUAGUAUCUGAGCAAUUAGCUCUUUUAUCCAAAAAUUCUAGUAGCGAUGUAUAUGGCGGCAUCUUGUUAUCAGUGAGCGUUAACUCCCACUGAUAUGCUGUUUCUUUCCCGAUUUUUGAUAAAAGCAGACUAAUUAAACAAGUAUCCCAACCGCUUACUACUUGUCCCAGAUUUUCCAGGGACCGUAACUGCUGCCUGAAGGUGACUACGAGAUCGUCGAGUGCUUCGGCGGUGUCUUUCUGUAGAGCGGGAUAGUCUCGUAGGAUGGACCAGUGUCGUAGUAUUGCCUUUCUAUCAUUGUCGUAUUUCGCGGUGAGCAACUCCCAAGCGUCCUGAUAGCUGUUCUCCGUUGUUUCUAAUACUUCGAUGAUUCUGCCUGCCUUUCCCAACAGAGCAGAUUGUAGGUACUCUAAUUUGUCUGAGGAAGUUAAGUUGUCGUUUUUAUCAACCAUAGAAAGGAAUCGCGAUUUAAACGAAGCCCAUGCCUCUAUUUGACCGUCAAAUGUUGGCGGAUUCAAAUCUCGUAAUUUUCGCGUAGGUGCCCGCGGUGGCACAGUUGUAAAUGCAUGCUCCGUAAGCCUUCAGGCUUGCAUCGCAAAAUCCGUGAAGCUGAAUUGUCGCGUGUGCAUGCAUUAUGACCUUCCUAUCGAAUGACACCUCGUUGAGUGAUGGAAGUUGUGUUGCGUAUCUGUGCCACUCGGUCUGAAUGGCUUGAGGAACGGAUUCGUCCCGGUUCGGGUUGGUUCGCCAGAGCUCCUGUAUUAAUAGUUUCGCUGUGACGAUAAUGGGUUGUAAUAAUCCCAAUGGGUCGAAAAUUCUUGCGAUCUCGGAGAACAUUUUUCGCUUCGCGGUACUGCUGCCGACGUCUAUUGUUUUUACAGUGUAAACGAUAGAGUCUGUUGACGAGUUCCAAUAGAGUCCCAGCGUUUUCGGUGUUGAAUCUUCGCUCCCCCGGAGCUGUAGGUUGACAUGGCUAUCGGGUAGUCCAUGCAGCGACUCUGGCGCGUUUGAUGCGCAUUGUCGGAGAUUAAAUUUUCCUGCGUGUAAUAUGUUGAAUAUUUCGUCCCUUGGUUCAAUUGCGUCUUCAAUUGUUCCGGCACCGGUCAAAGGAUCGUCUACGUAGAAGUCCUUUCUUAGGAUUUCCGCGGCCUUCGGGAACCUGUAUCCCUCGUCAUCCGCAAGUUUGUGCAGGCAUUUGGUUGCCAGAAGCUGGUGAUUGUUAAGUCUUGUUAAAAUUUCACGGAGCUCGCUUACCUGAUGUUAACGAAACGACGGUGACAGGACGUCCACCAUUUGCAAAGUCCAGCCUCCCUUCCCUCAAUUACGUCAGGAGAGAACGUUCCGAAAAUCAUAAAACAGGUUGCGUUCUCCCCACUCUACAGAUGAAAAUCUGCUUUCCUCGGUCCGAGAGAGCAAUAUGAUUGGCUAGGUCCAACCGAAAUAACUAAUCACAUCAACAAAAGUGUUUGUGGGAGGAUAACACCCAAUGACAAAUUAACUCAUGAGUAAUGACGAAUUCUCAGAAUUCGUUUUUGAAAUCGCGUGGCACGCUUGUUUUUUUCGGCCAAUGGUAUCGCUUGUAGUACCCGCGGCUAAAAUUUCAAAUUACCCUUUUUUAUCAUCACAAUUCUGUAUCUACACAAUUAUCAGUCAACGAUCUACAUGCUGAUAGGGGACUUGAAAAAAAAUAAAUAAUUGGUGAUUCUGGUAUUACAAA